AUGAAAGAAAAGAAUGAGAAUGCGCAAAGAACUAUCUCAGCGGUUGGUAUUAACAGCGAGGGUGAGCUCCUUGUGGGAACCUCGGCCAAACGGUUUGAAGGCUCUCAGACAGAAAUGGGGAUGGAAAUGGCCCCGUGCAUUAUUGUUCAGGAUGCAAAUGGGGAUAUUUGGGCCAAAGCAAACGGGCAAAAGUACUUUGCUAGCCAGAUUGGAGCUUUUGCUAUCUCGAAAAUGAAAGAAUUUGCUUCAGAGAAAGAGCUUAGACAGAUCUUUGCCUUAGGAGCUUACAGAGAGGAACCGAUCGGAGACUGA